UUACCGUAAGUGACUACAAAAGCAAAGGGUGCGAGCAGGGCUCGGCCGUCAGACCUUCGCAUCCACUUGUUGUGUUUGCAACAUUUCACCGUCGCUCCAUUUAAAGAGACAACAACAUGGCACGCGCCGGUCUGGUCAGGCGGGAGUCAGUGGAAACCGAAAUGCACAAGUCCGAAGACAAAGGCAAAACCUUCGUUUACACCAAGAAGAGGGGCUACGAUGUCACCCGAAACCCCCUCUUGAACAAGGGCAUGGCGUUCUCCCUGGAGGAGCGUCUCCAGCUGGGGAUCCACGGCCUGCUGCCUCCUUGCUUCAACAGCCAGGACGUCCAGCUGCAGCGGGUGCUCAGGAACUACGACAUGAAGAGGGAUGAGCUGGACAGAUAUGUGUUUCUGAUGGGCCUUCAGGACCGCAACGAGAAGCUGUUUUACCGGGUGCUAUUGUCGGACAUCGAGAGGUUCAUGCCCAUCAUUUACACCCCCACUGUGGGCCUGGCCUGCCAGAAAUAUGGGCUGAUAUUCAGAAGACCAAGGGGGCUGUUCAUCACUAUACAUGACCAUGGCCACAUUUCUACACUGCUCCAGAACUGGCCAGAGAAGGACAUCAGGGCGGUGUGCGUGACGGACGGGGAGAGGAUCCUGGGGCUGGGGGACCUGGGCUGCUGUGGUAUGGGCAUCCCUGUGGGCAAGCUGGCGCUCUACACAGCCUGUGGAGGGGUGCCACCCCACCAGUGCCUGCCUGUCAUGCUGGAUGUGGGCACAGACAAUGAGGUGCUGCUGAAGGACCCUCUCUACAUUGGGCUGAGACAUAAGAGGGUGCGAGGACAGGCCUACGAUGACCUUCUGGAUGAAUUCAUGACGGCUGUCUCAGACAGGUAUGGAAUGGAUUGUCUGAUUCAAUUUGAGGACUUUGCAAACGUAAAUGCUUUCCGGCUGCUGAGCAAGUACCGCAACAAGUACUGCACAUUCAACGACGACAUCCAAGGUACAGCUGCAGUGGCCGUGGCCGGACUCCUGGCCGCUCUCCGCAUCACCAAGACCAAAAUGUGCGACCAUACCAUUGUGUUCCAGGGUGCAGGAGAGGCAGCGAUGGGGAUUGCUGAGCUGAUCGCCAUGGCCAUGGAAAAGGAGGGACUCGCUAAGGACCAGUGUUUAAAAAAGAUCUGGAUGGUCGAUUCCAAGGGUCUCAUUGUCAAGGGUCGGGACCAGCUGACUCACGAGAAGGAGGUGUUUGCUCAUAAGCACCCACAGAUGGAGAAACUGGAGGACGUGGUUCGGGAACUGAAACCUACAGCCAUUAUUGGUGCAGCGGCCAUCGCCGGGGCCUUCACCCAGCAGAUCAUCAAAGACAUGGCUUCCUUCAAUGAACGGCCAAUCAUCUUUGCCCUCAGCAACCCGACCAGCAAAGCAGAAUGCACUGCCGAGCAGUGUUACACCCUCACAGAGGGGCGGGGCAUCUUCGCCAGUGGCAGCCCAUUUGACCCGGUCACCCUGUCCGAUGGGAGGACCUUCUUCCCCGGCCAGGGGAACAACGCCUACAUCUUCCCCGGUGUGGGCCUGGCUGUCACCGCCUGCGCCGUCCGACACAUCAAUGAGGAGAUCUUCCUCACCGCAGCAGAGGCUCUCGCACACCAGGUGACAGAGAAGGACCUGGCGGAGGGACGGCUGUAUCCUCCUCUCAGCUCCAUCAGGGACGUCUCUCUCAAGCUGGCUGUCAAGGUCAUGGAGUACGCCUACGAGCGCAACGUGGCGACACUCCGCCCCGAGCCGUCCGACAAAGAAGCCUACGUGCGGUCCCUCACCUACAGCACUGACUAUGACGAGUUCGCUGUGGACUCGUACCGCUGGCCAGAGGACAGCGUGGCUGUGCAGACAUGCAAACUUUGAUGCAGAUACAGAGACCCAACGGGCCCUGGAGGGGAAGGCUAACUAAAUCAUCACAACAAAUCACAUUGGGACGUAAAAGGGGCCGUCUGCAGAUGCUCCUUAUUUCAUGUGGUAUUUCUGUCAUGUGAAUUUCUGUCAUGUGAAAACAGAAAGAAAUUUAAAGAAUGAAGGAAAUAUUGGUUAUCACUUCAAAAUUUACGAUGAUAUAUUCAAGGGAAGUCCUUCACAAGAUACUUUUAAUUCAGCUGUAAGAGCUACUUUAUGACUGAACAGUGAAAACACUUGUCAAAUAAAACGGGAUUUGAUUAAUGUCUGACUGAAAUUUGUAAUGACCCAAUGUAAUGACAGGUGCGUUGAGUUCGAUUUGUAUGUAAAAGGUACUUUUGAUAAAGAAUAUAAAGAGUAGCCUCAAUGGAGAAAUGCUCUGAACAGAGGUUAUAUAUUUUUUUAUCUUCCUAUAGCUUUAUCAACAGACAAGUGAGAAUGUACGGACUGUUUGUUCUUUAGCGUCAUCUGUGAAAAUGUGUUUGACAGUCCUCUGUCUCCCCCUAGAGGCCGAUUUCUACCAUUGCAAUGCCAUUAGCAGUGUGACUUAUCCAAUCAGGAAUGAGGAGCUUUUAUUGACAAAAAUGUUAAGAAUUUGACAUAUGGACAAAUAACAAAUGGCAUGUUCAGUUUAAACUCUACAGUAUAAGGCUAUGGGGUUGUAUAGAAAACAAAUAAAAAAAGAAAAAAGAAAAUUAAAUUAAAUGUACAUGUGGAGUGUGAAGGUCCCAUUAUCAACUUGUUGUACUUUUAUUGGAUUGAUUUUGACAGGACUCUAAAAAACCUAGAAUCGGUAAAUAUGGUUGUAUAUAACGUCAUGUGACUAUUAAGUGUCAUCCACAAAACAUACACUUGAGUGGUGUGUACAUGCAAGAAGCCAUAAAAGCAACAGCAGGGUCAAUCUGGUUUAUGGUCCGUCGGCGUGUUCUGUGUCUGCCCACUGUCUAAUUUAAAGUGGAGAUGGUUUUACAUUAAUGAAUCAAUCACUAGCCAGACAGUCAGUACCAGAGGCCUCGGGCUGGCCUGCUGCCCAACACGGUCAGAAAUCAAUAGAUAAGCAAACCGAACCGGUCAGCGUUCAGAGUCGGGCGUCUGGCCCCCGGCGCGAGCAGAGAGACUAACAUUAACUUUCCCUCCUUGCCUCACCCACCCUCUUUCAUUCAGCCCCGGGCCCCCACCACUCUGACAUGGAGAUCAAUAUGUCUCAAUGUCAACAGCAUCCAGCAGUCAGCUGCCUACCGCCAAUCAAAUCAAAACGUAUACGUAUACAGCAUUAGCCGUUAAAACCAAUCUUUGGUCCAAGUUGUCUUUCAAACAAAUCCAUAACUUUGAGCUUGGUUUAAAUGUUUUAAUCAAUUAUUUGUUUCUUUUAGGCAUCUUUGUGAACUUCUAAUUUAUCAAUAUAGACAUAUUUCCAUCUGUUACCUCUAGCUAUUUCACUGUGUACUUUGCCCCCCCCCCCCACCUCAUAUCGCUAUCCUCUCUCUCUGUGCUGCGGCCCUCACCCUGCAGCCCUCUGUGGCACCUUGCUGGUCACAGACAGGCCGGGUGAUUAGCAGCUGUAACUCGACAUCCUUUUGACCUUGUUUACAGUCUCACAUGAAAUGGCACCUUGCAGAGACCUUGUGAUCAGUGCCAAUCAGCACGGCCCCCGGGGGGGGGGGGGUGUCGCCUGUCUACCCAUCCUCCCGGUCGCCUGUCUGGCUUUCAGCCCGAAUAGAAAAAACCUUUCCCAGCUGCACGGCCACCAACGAACUCUCAGCAUGUCCUGCUUGGAUUCGUGUGUGACCACAGAGCAGAACAGAGGGCAUCGUUUCACUUCCUCUUCGGGUCCAUUGGGUGUUUGUCCGUUCACUUUGUGGGAUUUACUUUGCUUCUCCGUGAAGAAACAUUGCAGAUCUACUUAUUUAUUGACUAUUCUGACAGCAAUAUGUCAUCUCCGAGUGUGUUUCACGUAGUGGGGGGAAUGUGGAGCUGUCUAAAAGAGCAUCCUCCAAAAAAGACCAGCAGAGGGCGCUCUAACAUGUUUUUAGCAGUAAAAAGCACAUACAUGUAACAUUUAUGAAAUGAAUGAUUGGAAUAAACCUAUGUGUCUAUUUUCUCCUCUCAUCCCCUUCUCCUUUAAGUGUACUACAGCCGGUUUUGCUAAUGAAUUCAAAUAAUGAGCCAAGAUAAUUACUAAAAACGC